CCCUGUCCCCAAGCAAAACAGGAAGACGUGUUCAAGAAAAAUUGAAAGUGAAAGCUUCCUGUCCGGAGUAUAACCAAAUUAGAAAGUUCAGACUCGGAGUUUCAUGUAAUUUCUUGUUCACUUGCGCGAAGUAUUUUAAGGAGAAAUUUAAAAAAAAUGUCAUCCAUCCAAUUCUUUGGCUGGGAGGCUUUCUAUGAUGAAGAUCGUCAUCUUCAGGCAGGCCAGGAAGCCAAAUCAGGCAGACACUAUACAAUGUAUCACGGCACCUCUGUGCAACAAGCUCGUCAGAUCAUAACAAAUGGGUUCAAGCAAUCAGCAGAUGGAAUGCUAGGACCUGGAGUUUAUGUGAGCCGUGACCAGAAGAAAGCAGAGCGCUAUCCUCUGAGAUCACAACCUACUGACAGAAUCGUGCUUAAAUUAAGCGUCGACUGUGGAAAAAUCAAAAGAAUUGAUAAGGACAACCAUCCCAUGCAGAAGACCUGGAAUAGCCAGGGCUAUGACACUGCCUGGGUACCUCCUAACUGUGGCAUGAAAGCUGUGCCUAGCGGUCUAGAAGAGGACUGUGUCUUUGACCCAGCGCGUAUCGAGGUCACAGAUAUUGCUCUUGCACCCAACAUGACCAUCUUAACUGAACUCAAACAGCUCAUUUCUCAAAACCAAAAGGCUCCAACAUAUUCAAACACCUCAGGUACUUGUGCAGUGUGCAAAUUAAAAGCAGGUCCUGCUCAUGCUGUACAGCAAUGCUGGGGAUGUGGAGAGACUAUCUGCACUCUCAUGAUCAAACACAAGUGUGAUGGCUAUUAAUCAGAACUGAUCAUGACGGAUACUUCAUCCAGAGGCUUGUUUUAGGCUG